UGGAGCUCCUCUAACUUGCAUAUUUGGACUCCUCUCUCUUUCUCCCAGUUGCCAUAAAUUAAUACCACAGCAAAAAUCCUGAUUCCAAUUUUGUUUUCCAGAGUCCAUUUCCCUUCUUCUGUCAUCAUGCAUCUCUAUCCAAAAAGGAAUUGCUACCUUCAUUACUAUCCAUGCCUCUGAAGAAAAGCUUCGAAAAUAUGACAAACCUCAAGCAAACAACAUGAGUCAGCAAGCUCAACUUGACCAUUGCCUUCACAAACACAAUCAGUUUACUCUGGUUAAUAUUUCCAGUAAUCUACUAUUGGCAUACCAAAGUCUGGGGGUGGUAUAUGGAGAUGUGAGCACUUCUCCGCUUUAUGUCUAUAGGAGCAUCUUUGUGGGGAAGUAGCAAAAUCAUCAGAAUCCAGAAACACUAUUUGGUGCAUUUUCACUGAUCUUCUGGACAAUAACGCUCAUUCCUUUGCUCAAAUAUGUGUUCGUUGUAUUAAGUGCAGAUGAUAAUGGUGAAGGUGGUACAUUCGCUCUUUACUCUCUGCUGUGUAGACAUGCAAAGUUUAGUCUACUUCCCAACCAACAGGCAGCAGAUGAGGAACUAUAAAGGGCAGCCCGGUGCACUAAGCUCCCGCUAUGCGCGGGGUCCGGGGCAGGGCCGGACCACAAGGGUCUAUUGUACGCAACCUUCCCUUGCAUUUCCUGCUUACAAAUAUGGCUUCUCUGGGCAGUCGACAUCAUGUUUACAACUGAAGAGAUUUCUUGAGAAGCAUAAGAGGUCACGCACAGUACUGCUUAUUGUUGUAUUGUUAGGUGCUUGUACGGUCAUUGGAGAUGGUGUUCUGACUCCUGCAAUGUCAGUUGUAUCAUCAAUGUCAGGGAUCCAGGCUGCUACUGAACACCUAUCUCAUGGCAUCUUUCUUCGUAGUACUAUAUUUUGGAAUCCCGAGAUUGUGUCUGCUCUUUCUCCAUAUUAUAUCAUCAAGUUCUUUAAGGAAACUGGGAAAGAUGGUUGGAUUUCUCUAGGAGGUGUCCUCCUGUCAAUUGCAGGUACUGAAGCUAUGUUUGCAGAUCUUGGUCAUUUCACUGCCUCCUCAAUGAGGAUUGCAUUUCCAUUUUUUGUAUACCGUUGCUUGGUGGUACAGUACAUGGGUCAGGCUGCUUUUCUGUCCAAAAACAUUGCUUCAAUUCCAAAUAGCUUCUAUAAUUCAAUACCUGACAUUGUAUAUUGGCCUGUCUUUGUUAUCGCUACCCGUGCAGCCAUUGUUGGCAGUCAGGCUGUAAUCAGUGCUACAUUCUCCAUCGUGAAGCAAUGUAAUGCACUGGGUUGCUUCCCACGGGUCAAGAUUGUCCACACUUCAAAGCAUAUUAAAGGGCAGAUGUAUGCCCCAGAAAUAAAUUGGAUCCUAAUGAUUCUGACCGUUGCUGUGGCUGUUGGGUUUCAGGACACCACUUUAAUUGGAAAUGCAUAUGGCCUAGCUUGCAUGACAGUUAUGUUUAUUACGACAUUUCUCACGGCGCUUGUCAUAAUCUUUGUGUGGAAAAGAAGUGUAGCACUUGCCACUUCCUUUCUCCUUUUAUUCUGGCGCAUCGAAGGCGUCUACCUGUCUUCCGCAUUCAUCAAGAUUCCACAGGGAGGAUGGGUCUCCCUUGUGCUCUCGUUUGUUUUCUUGGCUAUCAUGUUUGUCUGGCACUAUGGAACUCGCAAGAAGUACAACUUUGACCUGCACAAUAAAGUUCCACUGAUAAGUGGCACCUUAUAAUGCAUGUGUUGCCAUCAGAUAUUCUAUAAAAAAUAUCCGAAAAAGUGGAUGCUUGAAGUCAUAGAACUCGCAGUUGAAUUUGAG